AUGAAGCUCAUCACGGUCAAGGCACUGGUUGCCUUUACGUCGCUCGCCUUGAUGGCGGAUGCGGCGGCGGUGCGUCGCGACCCAGCCUCGACGCUCGUGGUCAAGGAGCAGGUGCCCGUGCCGGACACGUGGGUGCGUCGCUCCGACGCCGAUGACCACCAGACCGUCGCUUUGCGCUUUGCGCUCCGUCAGACCGACGUCGCCGGUCUCGAAAAGAGGCUCCAGCAGACGUCGGACCCGAGCCACGAGCUGUACGGUCGCCACCUCUCGGCCGACGAGGUGUCGAGCUACCUGCAGCCGCACAAGCGCACCGUGGACGAGGUCGAGCUCUGGCUGCGCCAGGCUGGCGUCGAGAUCGACGAGUCCCUCGCCAAGCGUUCGGCGUCCAUGGACACCUUCAGCGUCAACGUGCCCGUGUGGAAGGCGCGCGAGCUGCUCAAUGCCGAUCUGGGCGUCUACCAGCACAAGCGUACCGGUACACUCGCCGUGCGCAGCCCCACGUACUCGGUGCCCGAGCAUGUGGCUGAUCACCUCGACUACGUCGGUCCGCUUACGCUCUUCACCGAGCCGCGAGCGCACAGCAACGACGUGGCCAACAUCAAGGUGCUCAUCGAGGACGAGGAGGAGCACGACUUUAGGAGCGCAGCUGCCAAGAAGGGCAAGCUCGACAACGGUCAGCCCGCGGCGUGCAACACGAGCGUCGUCACGUCCGAGUGCCUGCGCACGUUCUACAAGACCAUCGACUACGUGCCCCGGGCCGCCAACAAGUUCAAGCUGGGCAUCAGUGGCUUCCUCGAGCAGUUUGCCAACUUUGCCGAUUUCUCCGGAUUCCUCCAGCAGCAGCGUCCCGAUGCGGCCAAGUCGUACAACUUUACCGUACAGAGCAUCAACGGCGGUCUCAACACCCAGAGCAUGCCCGGAUCCGAGGCCAACUUGGAUGUCCAGACCAUGGGUGGCUUUGUGUACCCGAUUCCGUUUACCUACUACACCACGGGUGGGUCGCCGCCGUUUGUGCCUGAUCUGGCCACGGUGAACAACACCAACGAGCCGUACGAGCAGGAGCUCAACUAUCUCAUUUCGCUCAGCGACGCGCAGCUGCCCAAGGUGCUCAGUACGAGCUAUGGCGAUGACGAGCAGACGGUGCCCAGGGCGUAUGCCGAGAGGGUGUGCAACUACAUCAUGGCGCUGGGUGCCAGGGGUGUUUCGACCAUCUACUCGUCGGGAGACAACGGUGUGGGUAGCGACGGCAAGUGUGUGUCGAAUGGUGCGACUAGCCCCAAGGGGACGAGGCAGUUCUUGCCGGCGUUCCCGGCAUCGUGCCCGUACGCGACCACGGUGGGUGCCACACAGGGAUUCGCACCCGAGGUGGCAGUGGGAGAUGAUAUCGCAGGAUUCUUCUCGGGCGGUGGAUUCUCCAACUACUUUGGCAUCCCGUCUUACCAGGCGAGCGUGGUCAACAAGUACGUCCAGUCGCUCGGAAGCCAGUACAAGGGGCUGUACAACAAGACCGGCCGUGGCUACCCGGAUGUGGCCGCCCAGGGCUCGCUGUACAAGAUCCGCAUUGGCGGAAAGAACUAUCUCAUCGGCGGCACUUCGGCGUCGUCGCCCACUUUCGCCUCGGUCAUUGGUCUGCUCAACGAUGCAAGGAUCGCAGAGGGCAAGUCGUCGUUGGGAUUCCUCAACCCGCUGAUUUACUCCAAGUGGAUCGGAACCCCGGCGCUCAACGAUAUUACUAGUGGCAGCGCGGCGGGAUGCAACGUCACCGGAUUCCCCGCAAAGAAGGGUUGGGAUGCGGUCACUGGUGCCGGUACGCCGGACUUUGUGGAGCUCCGUUCCAGGCUGCCUUGA